AUGCCUUUCAAAUACGAGCGCAUCGACAAGGACAACGUGGUCCUGCUCGUCGUCGACCACCAGGAGGGCCUGUACCAGCUCGUGCGCGACUACACGCCGGCCGACUUCAAGACCAACAUCCUCGCGCACGCCGCGCUCGGUAAAAUCUUCAACCUGCCGACCAUAUUGACCUCCAGUUCCGAAACGGGACCCAACGGACCAUUGCCCGCGGAAGUCAUUGCGAUGCACCCCAACGCGCCUUUCAUCAAGCGUCAAGGUGAGGUAGACGCAUGGGACAAUGCCGACUUCCGUGCAGCGGUCGAGGCGACUGGCAAGAAGCAGGUCAUCCUGGCCGGGAUCACGACCGACGUCUGCACGGCGUUCCUCGCGCUCUCCCUCGUCGAUGCCGGGUACACCGUGUACGCGAACAGCGACGCGUCGGGGACGUUCGACGUCAAGACUGCACAGGACGCGAACGACCGCAUGCGCGCCGCUGGCGUGCAUGUGCUCUCCAUGUUCGCCGUUUCGCUCGAGUUGAUGCGCGACUGGCGCAACACGCCUGGCGCGCCGGAGAUGAUGCCGUUCUUCGACCAGUACCUGCCCGAGUACGGGUUCCUAGCCCGUGCGCACGACGCCGCCGCGGCGAACGGCACGCCUUCUGGCCUGCCCUCCGGCCUGUAA